ACCCUCCUGUGGCAGGUCAAUAAUACAGUGAUGAAAACUGCUCUGUAAAAUAAAAAAAGAGACGGUUUAACUGAUGGAUACGGAUUCGGAGAGCAGUUUUAGAAAAAUGUCUAAAGCGGACGUCCUCAGGGGCUUUGUGAGUGACAGACUGGCCGCCGCUACGCAGGAGAUCCUGGCGGUGGUGGAGAGAACCGUAGCCGGGUACGAGGAGGAGGCGUCGGCAUUCAGACAACAGAUCGACCGGCAGAGGAGGCAGCUGGAGGUCCUCCUGCAGCCCCAGGUCCCACUCAGCAAAACCGGCGAGGAGUUCACCAGUGUUGUGAGCAUUGACGAAGAGGAGGACUGUAAUAAAGAGGAGACGUCUUCACAGCAGCUGGAGAAUCUAAAAGACUCCACUCAUUCAACUCCAUCAAGUGCCAGAGUUCAUCCCAACAGAAGGCGGCCUGGCAGACCUCGGAGCAGCAAACUACCAAGCCACAUAGACCUGAGGAUCCAGAUCCUGCAGGACCCCCAUACCACUGUGCUGUCAAAGAAAGUGUCCAAGUCCAGUCGUCUGCUGCAACUCCGGUGUCCUCGAGGUCUGCAGGAGUCCGACUUCUUGAGCCUCGUCAGGUCCUCAGUGUCUCAGCUCAGCAGACACAACGAACCGUUUGACAUCUUAACAUGUGACAAGAGGAGAAGACUCCGACCUUUGAACCCAGAGGAGAUCCAGAGCGCUGUUAGGUCCACGGUCUACCUCAGACUGCAGACACAAAAUGACCGUCCAGCCUAUAGAGACCACACUCAUCCUCCUCUUAGAGAAGAUGAAGGUGUGUGCAGCAGCUCAACAUCUCCAACAGUAGAAACUGAGGAAACAGAGGCAGCUGUGAGGAAGGAUGUACAGGAUGUUAACAGUAGUGACACUGACUGGAAACCAAACAGAAGUGACCAGGAACUGAGUGAAUCUGAGCUGCAUCAGAAGAAACCGAAAGCCAGGUGUUCGGACACAAAACCAACCGAGACUGAUGACAACAGCGGGCGUUUGUCCUGCAAAAUUUGUCACCUCGUUGUCCAGUCAGAAGCCACGCUGGACCAACACGCAUGGAGUCACGCUGAUGACCCAGGGAGUGUUUGUGGAGCGUGUGGAGAGCGUUCAGAGUCUGCAGAAGCGCUCAAAGAUCAUCUGGAAAAACAUCAUCAAGGCCAUUCAGAGACAUUUGUGAACAGUCAGCUGAAGGACCAAUGUGAGAUCUGCCAGGAAGUCUUCACAGAAAAGGCGGAUCAUGAGUGUCACCUGAAGCUUCGUGGAGUGAAGGAGCAGCUCAAGGCUCGUCCAAAGACCAGCACCAAAACCAAAUCGCACAUCUGUGGAGUCUGUGGAAAAUCCCUCUGUGACUACAGGUCAUUAUCUCGUCACAAGAUGACCCACUCCGCAGAAAGGCCUCACAGGUGUGACAUCUGUGGGCGGAGCUUCAAACUGCAUGGGACUCUGAAGCAACAUGAGAAGACCCACAUGGCACGAGAGCGAUCGUACCUCUGCGAUAUCUGCUGCAAAAUGUACCUGACCAGUAAGCAGCUGCAGAUCCACAUGAGGUCACACACCAAUGAGAAACCAUACGGCUGCGGCAAAUGUGGGAAGCGCUUUGUUACAAAGGGGACUCUGGCGGUUCACAUGGUGGUUCACAGUGAGGAGGCACGGUACCGUUGUUCUGAGUGCAGCUGCUCCUUUAAACGCAAAUAUAACCUGGAGAACCACCUGAGGCUGCACUCAGGCCUCAAACCCUUUGUCUGUGUCAUCUGUGGAAAAGCCUGCGCUCGCAAAACCUACCUGACCAUCCACAUGAGAACACACAAUGGAGAGAGACCGUACAAAUGCUCUGUGUGUGACAAAGCCUUUACCCAGGGCCACUGCCUGAAAACGCACAUGAAGAGUCACCAGGGAGGAGGAACUACAACGUGAACACUUCCACAGUUGUGUUAGAAUAAAGCUUUUAAUGUAUUACCGAGGCUAAAGCCUGCAGUGCCUCGAAUGGUCACUGGAGGCUGGCUCCAAAAAUGAUCCAUAAAGCCACUUUUACACAGAGAUCCCGGAUAAAAGGUGAGAUGCUGAUCCCACCUUUUUCCACCAUUGACCCAUUUCCACAGCCAAGCCAAAAGAGGACAGAGGUGAGACAGGCCGGACUUUUACACAGCGGACCUGCGUUCCCGUACCCAAGGGGCAGUGACGCAGCUCGCGGAUUUCGGCGUCUCCCCAGUGCAACAUCUUUCUGGUUGCGUUGAUAUGUUUGUUUACUGUACACAGCCCAUGUUCAUUUUUAAAUCUCCCUGGCGCGGGGGUCACACACACAACACAUCAUCAAAACAUCACACCUUGGUUGCAGAACGAGAGGUGUUCCUUUUACAUAGCGUUCCAGAAUCCUGAUUCCACCUUUAUCACGGCUCUGUUACUACCUCCUGAGGCAUUUCAGAGCCAUGACAGAGGUGGGACUAAAUAAUCCACCAUUUCGUUUACACAGACGUCAUUCCAGAAUAAAGAUGAAAUAUUCUGGUAACAGAAGUGGUGUCUAAAGGGACUUAUGUUUAAAAAGUAGACGCAGCCACUGUGAAAUCACCCACUGGCUUAUGACCGCUGUUUUAAAGUACUGUACUGCCCAUGGCCUUCUCAUUGUUUUGUUUUGAAACAGAAGUGAUCCUAUUUGGACAAAAUGUUGAGCUGGAGAAAAGCAAGUUAAUUGUAACUUAUUGAAAAAAAUAAAACAGUGAUACUGCUGAUGGACACUUGAAAGGAACUUGAUAAAUGUUUACAGUAAUUUCGACUUCAUGUGUGUUUAACUUCUUAAUUAGGGAACUAAUUAAAGUUACAGCCCAAGUAAUUUUACUUAUGGUAGUGUAGCCAAAUGGUAGCGGACAGCGUAUUUAGAUAAAAGGAAUAAGAGUAGAGGGUUUAAGACCAUAAAGAGACAUAAUUGCAAAGAAUACGCACAUGAAACUCAAAAAGGUGAAUGCUAUUGUGUGUGUGUCUCAUCUCAACUUUAUUUAUAAAAUACUUUAAUAACAACCACAGCUGAAACAAAGUACUGCACAUCAAUCAUAAAA